AUGGCAGAUGUAUCUACUACUCUGCCGCUUGAGCCGGACUCCAUACGCCAUGCGUACAGUAAAAUCCACAGAUACCUUCACAAGACUCCCCUUCUGACCAAUAAGACGAUCGACCGAAUGGCAUCGUUCUCACCCGACACUGAUCAAUCCCCCAAGUUUAAUAUUUACUUCAAAUGUGAGAAUUAUCAGCGCAUAGGAGCUUUCAAAGCCAGGGGGGCAUUCUAUGCUGUCAUUCAUCUGAUAGAAGUACUAGGAUUAGAGGAAGUUCGAAGGAGAGGUGUGGUCACACAUUCUUCCGGUAAGCUAGCUCUCGCGUUGGCGGCGUCCCACUUUCAAAUACCCGCUCACAUUGUCAUGCCAACAAUCUCAACUCCGUCGAAAAUCGCUGGAACACAAUGUUAUACGAAGAAUGUUCGUUUCAGCGGUUCAACAAGUACGGAACGGGAAGCUGUAGUAAUGGAAGUUAUUGAGGAGACCGGAGCCAUUCUCGUUCCUCCAUAUGAUCACCCUGACAUUAUGUUAGGACAAGGCACUACAGCCUUGGAACUUCAGGAGCAAUAUGAAGCGGAAACAUCGAAUCAAGAUGAGAAGGCUGGACUGCGGAUAGUGUUAGCCCCUUUAGGGGGAGGAGGACUUUUAUCCGGAAUCUCCAUCUUUUUUUCGAAUAAACCUGAAAUUGCGGUUAUUGGAUGCGAACCCUCUUUUCAAGGCGGGAACGAUGGAGAGAUUGGUCUCAAUUCGGCUCCCCCUCGACGUAUAGAAACGGUCAAGACACUUACAAUAGCUGAUGGACUCAGGACACCUGUCGGAGAGUUACCCUGGAAGAUCUUUACAAGUGGUUCUGAAAUCAAGAAGAAGAACCUCAAGACUAUUUACAGUGUCACGGAAGAGCAGAUUAAGAAUGCGAUGCGUUUAGUCUUUGAGAGAAUGAAGGUAUUCAUCGAGCCUAGCUCUGCUGUUCCCCUAGCCGUUGUUUUGUACAAUCACGAGUUUAGAAAAUGGGUCCAUCAACAACAGCAGGCGGAGGGCGGGGCAGGAUGGGACAUAGCAGUGGUCCUCUCUGGUGGCAAUACCACUAUAGACGCAGUAAUUGGCCUUUUCGGUGGACCUGACAAGGACGUCAAGAGAGCAGAAGGUAUCAGCGGCCUGGACGGAAAAUCGGUUGUGGAGAAUGUUGCAGGAUAA